AUGCUCUCGAAAAUAACACUUCUGAUUAUUGUAAUUGAUGCUGAUAAACGGCCUCAGGGAGAGCACGAACGUCGUUACAAUGCUCCCGCAAGUAAUGAAGUUUCCGUCAUUGUCAGCGGUGAUCAGUACAACAGACGUGACAUUGUUAUCGAAUCACGCGGCAGUGGGCUCCGGAGAAUCAGUGAAACACACCGGUCCUACGAUGCACUGCAAUACCCACUUCUCUUCCCUUACGGAGAAGAUGGGUACCACUUUGGCAUUCUGCAAAAUGGAUCCACCUUAAAAACAGUGUCUUGCAGGGCUUUCUACGCCUACCUAUUCAUGGUACAUGAGGAUGCAUUCAAUCAUCUUAAUCGAAGUCGGCAACUUUUCCAUCAAUUCAUAGUAGACAUGGCUGCUAAGAUGGAACCCGAAAGACUCUGUUACAUCAGAUUGAAUCAGACCAAGUUUCGCUGCGACUCUUACAUUCACCUCCGUGAUGCUUUACGAAAUGACGCUGAUCCACGCAAUAUAGGCAAGAUGUGCAUACUACCUGGAACGUUCACAGGUAGUCCACAAUACAUGCACGCGAGGAUGCAAGACGUGAUGACAUACGUUCGUAAGUGCGGCCGACCAGACCUAUUCAUAACUUUCACGUGUAACCCAAAAUGGUACGCAAUUGCUAAAGAACUUAUGCCAGGGCAAUCGGCCUACGACCGUCCAGACGUCAUUGCGCGUGUUUACCAUCUGAAGUUGGGAAAGCUAAUGGAUGUCAUUACAAAGGGCUAG